AUGGAAAGAGAGAUACAGUCGGAAAUCGAAGAAUACAGGGCGAAAUGCGAGGCUUUGAAGAGUACUUGGCUGGCGGCCAAUCAGAAUUUUCUUUACUUUCAGAAAAUGGCAUCAGAAGAUCUCGAGCAAGCGAAACAAAUCAUGACCGAAUCGCAGCUAGAAACCUGGGAGAACCUCCGGAAGCGGGAUACUGUCACUGAAGGAAGAAGGGAUAGUUACAGUGUCUACGCCAACGGAGAAACUAUUCCAGAGCCAAAGAAUCAAGAAGAAGAGGAAGAAGAAAAGUCAAAAUUCAAGCUCGUGAAAAAGUCAGAAAUCGACGCGCUAGAAUCUCGCCUCCAAGAUCUCAACGGCAAAAUACAAGCGAUCGGGGAUGUUGAUUUGAAAAGAACAAAUUGUGAAAUCGAGAAGACAGAGAGUUCCAUUGAAAAUCUUUACGCCUUGCUAGAAUUUGAAAAUUCUAUUUACGAAAGAGAACUGGAGAAUUACUCGGAAAUUGAGACGAAUUUCAGGGACCUAGAAGAAGCUGUCCAGGAUCGAGUAGAAGAACUUUCUUUGGAAUUCAACGCCUCUGAGAAAUUCCGCCAACUGCGAGAAUACGACGAAAUCAUCAAUCGAAACAAACGAGCUAUCCAUGAGCGUCUUGAAAAAAUUCGAGAAUCGCGAAAAAGCCAAAAGCGCGAAGCAGAAAACGCUCGAAAAGAAGCAAGAAUCGCCGCACUCGCCCGGAGCGAGUUUCAAAACAUUCCAGAAGCGAAGAUGAGCUUUUUGAACGCGUCGCAUGCGAAACAACGGCUGGAGAUCAUUUUGGCCACGGAGGUUUCUUCCAGGGAAAAAUUGGAGAAGGUCUUUUUGGAUGAUAGAGCCGGAAUUGAGGAAAAUAUUAACAAAAUGCUCAUAGACGCGCACGAGCGAGAAUCCGCCCACAAAGAAAAACUCGACAAGCUCGAACAACUCGUCGCCGAAGAAAAACAGUUCCACGAAGCCCAAUCCAUCGAGCGAUCCUGGCAUCAGGAAAACCUUGAGAAGCUGAAAAAAGAUUAUCUUCGGAAGAAAAAAGAGAAAGAAGUGAAGAUCAAAAAUCUAACUGCCGAAAUUCAUUUAAUGGACGAUCCAGACAGUUGGGAUGAGAACAUACACGUCCCUUACGAGUUUAGUUUUGACGGGAUGAAGCCAGAUCCACGAGCGAAAUUGCGAUCAUCAGAUGUCGAGCCAUUAAUUAAGGCGCUAGAACAAUCGGAUGUGCGAAUCAACAACCACUUCCCGAUCAACCUGUCGGAGAACGACCAAUUAUACACGGAGCUGGUGAAAUUCGUCUACAACAAGUCCAAAAACAUCAUCGAAACGCCCGACUCCUUGGAAAACGUCGGGAUCAAUUUGAACGAAGAUCAAGUGAAAGACAUCACCUACAAACUCACCUCCGUCAUUUUGAACACUUCCGACCCUGUUGACGAACUCAAUAAGCUCUCCCUACGAGACCAGCCUUCGAACGUCUGCGGCCGCAUUUUCGCCCGAGGCGAGUACCUCUACACUUGCAAGGACUGCGGCGUUGAUCCGACCUGUGUCAUGUGCCCAGCCUGUUUCAACGCUUCCGAACACGUGAACCAUCGUUACAGAGUCUCGCGAUCAGGGGGUGGUGGAGGAACUUGCGAUUGUGGCGAUCUGGAAGCUUGGAAAGAACAUCCAGCGUGUCGGAAUCACUCGAAAAAGGCCCAGACAGAAGUUUCUGAUGGAGACAAAGAUCUGCGAAAGAGAAUCAAAACCUUGUUCGCUCAAGUUCUUCGACUAGCUGUGGAAAUCUUGUACUCUGAUAUUUGCAGAACCGACGAUGUUUCUGGCGCUUUAAAAUCGAUCAUUGAACAGUGGGAAGUUGUGAAAACCGAGGAGGAGGAAUGCGCGUUGAUUUUAUACAACGACGAGGUGCAUUCAUAUGACGAGGUCGAACGAAUGCUCAAAAUGGCAGUGCAAGCAAACUCCGAACAAGCCCAUACUUACGCAACUCACAUCGACAAGAGAGGAAGAACCAGUCUUCUUACAGGCAGCCGUGAAAAAUGCGAAGAGGUGCUGAAAGUGAUCAGAACUGGAAAAGACAAAUUGAUAAAAAUCAAGCUCCUCAUCAUCGAUUCAAACAUUCUAGCGCUGCAAGAAGUUGCAUUCAAACUACUGAGCUGGAUGAAUUGGCUCUCGGGAAAGGGGGAAAUUUUCAGAAUCGCUUUUUGUGACGCUUAUCUAUCCUCUGGCUAUUCAAAAAAGAUAAAAGUUCGUAACGCCGAAUUCUGGGAAUACGAAAAAGAUCAACCUUUUAUCACACACAUCAUGAUCUCGGACAUUGGCACCUGGAAAGCUGUCCGCUCAAUUAUGAUGAAAAACUUGCUCGAAACAAUGCUCAAAGAUCCCGAAAACAAAAUGAAAGUAGCUCAGUUCUUCACAGAGCACUAUCAAACGAUUUACGACAACUUCUUCCACCGCGACGAUCAUGAUCAGCAAUUUUCAUCGAGCUCGAUUUCAGUUCAGAUUUUCACCACACCGACGGUCGUAAAAGAACUGAUGCAGUUCCACAAGCUGUUUGAGAAGAUCGGCAAAAUGACGUAUGACUGGUACUUUCCGACAAACAAGACUUCCGGAAUGAGGGAUCUCAAGAAUCUAACAGAGAGAAGGCCGGGGAAUCGGAGCAAUUGCUAUCCGAUAGACAUCACCUACAUUCUCCACAACCCGCCGGUGACGGAAGACGAGCAGUUCAGAAAAACCAUCAAGGAGGGCAUCUUCUGGUUGCUGGAGAUGUUCCGACUCUUCGAAGCGCGCGAGGGCGUAAAAUGGUCCCACAAGCAUCACGUCGAAGAAGAACCAGACUGGGAGAACUUAAUGACCUUCAUCUUCUCCGCUCAAGGAACUUAUACAAAACUUCUCCAGUGGGCGCGACGCGACGAGUAUGUUUCAAAUUACUGUAUCGAGACGAUUCUAGCACGGUAUCUCGAAACAAGCAACGAUGAGUUUCCUCCAAAGUCGUUCAACAGAAAAGUUCUCAACCAAAUGUUCAAUUUUAUUCCGAUCGAUGUCCAGACUAAAAAAGUUCACAUUUACAAUAUGUAUUCGCGUAUAUUUACUUAUUGCAUGUCAUCGCCAGAAAUCUCUUCAAAAUAUAAUGAAAAACAAAUUGCCUACAGUUGCCAUAAGUCGAUAGAAUCUCUUUGCGUAUCAGCCCAAUCCAAAGCUGGUUUUUGGAAGAAAAAUGGGCAGAGCCACCAGUUCACGAUGUUCUACUAUUCUGACCAAAGAUGUAAGCGCCUCCUCUUCAAUAUGGAUCUCCAAGCUGCUCAGUUGAUGGUGAGUCAGCAAGACCCGAAUGAAUUCCUUGCCAUGUUCAUCGACGCCGUCGGACUCAACAAUGCGUGGUUGUUCAACAACGAUCCAGAAAUCACUUCAGCUUCGAUUUCCGAAGAUACGAAAUUCAUUAAAAAGGAUCAGUUGCUGAAGCAAAUGGCGAAAGAGUCUACUUACAUGCCCAGUUUGCUCGAUGAAUUCCUCUUGAUCUUAAUCCGCAUUAUCUCUGAACCUUUCAUGGAAAACUCGACAAUUUCAAGAGGGCAGCGGGUUCGAAGAUCGUUGAUUCACAUCCUGGCACUUGAUUAUCUUCCGUGGUCGAAAAUCAAAAAGAAGCUCGAUCACCAGUGGGACGCCGACGUGGCUUCAGAAGCAGAAGAACUUCUCGAAGAGCUGAGCCAAUACAAGAAUGUAAAAGGAGUUCGACAUUAUUCCCUGAAAGCAGUUUACGCAAAAGAGUGGGACCGAUUCUACAUCGGCUACGAAAACGCGGAACAAUCCAAGUCACUAGAACACGUCAAUCACUUGUUGAAAUCGGAACCGAAAGGGCUCAAGGACACCAUUUUCAUUCCUAAGAAACGUUUUGAUCACCGAGCUCCGUUUGACAAAGCCCUUGGCUUGCUGGACUGUGAUUUGUUCAAGAAACUGACAGGUCUUGUUCUAAAGCUGGAUGAUCCACUUGCUUCAGCUGUUGAAAAGCUUGGAUAUCUUCUAGCUCUAGCAUUAUUACACGGCCGUGGCGGUUGGAUAAAAGAGCAAGGGGUAGACAAAGAGCUGGCGAAAUGGGGAGACGAGAAUUCAGGAGGAAAGACGACCUUCCCAUGGCUAGAGUGGAUCCAGAAUCAAGUCGGGAAUGCAUCAGAUGGCGCCGCAAAGGCAGAAGACUCGAAAUCCGAGUGGAAGAAACGCGCCGCCGCUUCCCGAGCAGCUCUCUUGGCAAAAAUGAAAAAACAGCAGUCCAAUGCAAUGAAAAACUUCUCCCACGACAUGACAAAAAGUUUCGAAGAAGAAACGUCGGAGGAAACAAUGGGCGAGGAAGACAACGAGUUUCAGGUCGCUCCAGAGAUCACCGAGUUGUUUCUCGACAGGGAUGAUAAGUUUUCGAUGUCUAAGAUCAACACGAUCGAUGAUGUCUGGACCUGUAUCUUGUGUCAAUCUGAUUCGCAGGUGGAAUCUGAGUCUGAUGAUCCACUGCUGAUGCUUGGUUAUUUCGAGGAAUCGACUGUCCUCGAUCGUUACAAAACUCGCGAGGAAAUUCUCCACGACCACGAGCUUUUUCUCGACCACGAUUGGGCCCGACCUCUUGAUGCCAAGUGUGGAACUCAUUUGACCACAUGUGGUCAUGUCUUGCACCACAGUUGUUUUGAAAAAAGCCUUGAGAUCGCGAAGAACCAGGAGAAUCGCUAUUCGCAGAUAAGAUUCCGAGAGGGAAGCUGGAAGUUGCCAAAAGAGUUUACCUGCAUGCUUUGCUCAAGAAUAUGCAAUACAGUCAUGCCACUGAUUGAUAGAGCGACGCACAAGAGGCUUAGAUUCGAGCCCAAAAGGAAUAUCACCAGCAUUGCGGAGAAACCAAAGACAGUCGGGCAGAAAAUCGACGCGAUGAAAAAAGAAGAAACCUCGACAAAAAUGAGCAAAGACAUAAAAUUCUUCGAGUGGCUUUCGGAACUUCAAGAUGAAUUCGGAUUUCCAAAGAAGCAUCAGCCCCAGAAUUAUGUCGUCAGUCUCGGGACAAUCGACAUGGGAGAAGCUGGCGAUAAGACUUAUAAGGAGAAACAGUCAGCAGCUGAUCUGAAUGAUAAUGACGAGGAGGAGAGUACCGUUGACGAUUUGAACAGAGGCUUUGUUGAGGAGAAGAGCACGGUUGGAGAAAAGUCCACUACGAAUCACUCCUUCGACUCUGAAAAUUGCGAUGAAGAGUCAAUUGGCAGCACGGAUUCGGACGCGCCGAGAAUGUCAAAAUUCUCCCGAAUUGUCCACACUUACCGUGACAUCCACCAGAACUACGAGAAAAAUGGAAACGGUCAUUUUCAAACUGCUUCGUACUCAAUUGCCGCUGCGGAAGCGCUGCUGCGAUACGAUAACAAACCGCUGAUGGGUUCUCUCCCUGUCAGAAAAGACAAAGGGCUGGAGUUUCUGAUCCGAAGCGCGCUGUACCUUUUUGGCAGUGCCGAAACAGGAAAAGCUGAAGAUGAAUAUCUCUCAUCAACGCGACAGGAAGCCAGAGUAAUCAUCAAAAACAUCAUCGCAGAUCCGCGAAUGACUUACGAUGUCCCGGCACUCCUCACUCUUGAUCUUUUCCACGUUUAUCUGACUCUCUUACUCGACUUACCUUACCUCGACCAUCUCAAGCCACUUCAACACCAAAAAAUUGCAGACAAGUUCUUUUUCCGUCUUAUUCUCGCUGCCCAAAUCACCCAAAUCGCACUUUUUACCUCCAACUCCAUCAUCUUCGAGGAACCUGAAGUCUUCACCGAAGUUGACGAUUGCCAAGCAUCGGUCUUCGCCUACCUGGUCUAUCAACUACGUAGCCAUUACAGAGGCCUUGAACCGCUGCACGUAUCGCCGUUCAUGAUCUACCAGCACUUUAUCCAAUGUCUAACGCCGUUCGUUCGAAAGGUCUCUCUGUUGCUCAUGUAUUUGAAUCUUCUUGAACCGCCACCAGAGCUGUCUGAUGGAAGGACGUCUUGGGAGUCGAUGUGCCUCUGUCUUGGCAUUCCAGACUCACUUUGCGAGCUGUUCGAUGCUGAUGGUGGAGCCCUAGAGCCUUACGCCGAACGAUGGAUAAAACAACUCAUCUCGAGGGAAGACAAGUUUUCAUUGAAAAACGCCCUCAAAGAUGUAUCCUUCCCGCAGCUGAUCGAAAUCCCAUCACUAGCUACCUUGCCAUCUGACUACAGAAAUGUGCUGACAAUGGUCGCUGAAGCCAAAUCUGAGCCGAUAACGGUAGUCAAUCAAGAGAACGAGGAAAAUUCUGCAAAUAAUGCCGAAUCGAAGAAAACAAAGUCGAAUCAACAAAUCUGUCCGGCAAUUAAAAAUCCCGCCGUUUGCCUUCUCUGCAACAAGGUCGUUUGUGUCCUGUCUGAUUCUUACAGCGAGAAAAUUGACGAUACCAUCUACGGUGGCGGGUUACAUCAUGCAAUGACAUGCGGCCGUGGCAUAGGACUGUUCAUGCUUGUCGCAUUUUCCGACCGAAAUGCAUAUACCGACGCGAUUUUCCAAUUCUGCUCCGGCGUCAAAAUCAUUCUCCGAGAUCCCGAAGUAGUUGGAAUUCAAAGCGAUAUUCUCUUGCGAGGCGAUCUUUUCCGUCCGAGAAAUAUAAAACCAGUCCAAGUUGGGCUCGUUAACUUUGACUUGCCAUACGUUGAUUCACACGGGGAGCCUGAUCGAGGACUCAAAUCUGGUGCCAAACUUCUUCUAAGUUCAGAAAACUACGAACGCCUUCGGCGCGAGUGGCUAGCUCACGAGAUCUCAGAUUCAGUUUCCCGCGAGAUCGAGCUUAGCUCCAGCCGAACUCACUUGAUGUCCAGCCAUUGGCCGCCGGCUAGGUACUCUGGCAGUACGCCGGCUUUUCCGAAUCCACACAAUCAGAUGCCGAUGGGCGAUGCGACACCAGCGCAUCCAGUUUACAACGACUCUGACCAAUUCCAUGGACAAACGGGAGAACGAAGGUUUUCGAGAGAAGAAGACGAUCAUCGAGAUCAUGAUCGAAGUCGGGAUAGAGACAGUGACGAUUCAGAAGAAGACUUGGAAUUGAACGAAUUUGUUGACAAAAUAAAAUGCUUCCAAUCAAAAUCUGCCAAGAAAAUACGUAAAUUGAAAGAACAACUGGCCCAGAAAAACGAAAUAAUCUUCAAUUUACGAAAAGAGCUGACGAAAGCCCAGGACGAGCUGAAAGCCCAGAAUGCCUCAGACCCAGACCUUGAAGAGCUGCAAAUAAUCUCCCCAAGCAAAAAGAAGCGCGCAAGAAGGUCAAUGAACCAUGCGUCCAAUAGUUCAAAUUCUGAAGAAGAAGUUCUCUCCAGCGCGAAAAUUUCAUCUCGUUCGAAGAAAAUCCUGAAAAAGGAUGAAAAACCCAGCACAAAUAUCAGUACAAGUUCGAAUGGAAAUCAGAUGCUGGCGUCAAAACUACUCAACCUAAAGCCCAAAGAAACAUUACCUCUUCCGAAGAAAUCUCGUUCACAGGCGGACAGAAUUUCGACUAAAAAGCCCUCUGUUAGUCGUUCUCGCCAAUCUUCCAAACAAAAAACUCAAGACAUCUCCCAACACUUCAUCAAAAAGUCCUCCAAGAUUACUCCAGAAAAGUCGGCUCCACCAAAUAAUUCGUACUCGCCGUUAGAAGACAUUGAACUAAUCGACUCUUCCGAAGACGACGACAUGACGCAAAUUUCAUUGCUCCACAAAACUGGGAACCAAACUGAUACUCAACAUUUGAUGAACCCGUCGCCAGCAACUACAAAUGGAAUGAACAGUCGGCUAGGAAACUGGCUCAAGAAUGUGCAGGAAAACGCAAAGAAACGCAAGCACGCUGCUAGUCCUAAACCAGCUCGACAGUCACGGAGCAAAGCCGACUUGGAGUCGAUGAUAGCUGACGACGACGAGACAAUGUGUCAAACGUCAAAAAUCUACAGAGCUAGUUCCAAGUCACGAUCUCGAUCGGUUUCUCCAAAGCCCAGCUACUCCAAGAACGACGUUUCGGCAGAGGAGCUACUUUUCGGAGGAGCUAGCCAAACACCGAAAAGAGAAGAUUCCGAUACAGAGGAAAACGUAAUGGCGCAGAAAAAGAAGCAGCGAUUCGUUGGAAAUAUUCCAGUGGACACACAAGGGAGGAGAAUCAACGAAAAGAUAAAUUUCGAUUUGAUCGAACGAGCCAAGUUCAACCGAUUGAAUGAUUCCGAUCUGUUCCGCCAGCCUCCCUCUCCAUCCCUCGAUGGCAGUCAGUGGGAGCCUCGUUAUCCCGAAAAUAAUUUCGACAAUUUCUGGUGCACGGAUGAUGAUAAACGAUUGCCAAUUUCAAGUCAGCGAAGGCGACCUCAUAUUUGA